CUCAUGUUUAACUUCAUCCCACGUUUUUCAUUUUCCUCCGUCAUUCUCAUUUCUUCCUUUUUUCCGGUGACCCUUUAAGCUUUUUCUCCUUGCCAAUAUUUGUUUGAUUCCGGCGUUUACAAAUCGCUCGAGGUUUGAGAUCGAAUCAUCGUGGUUGCUCCGCGGCUUUGUAUAACAUGGAGAGAGAUUUUCUCGGGCUGGGUUCAAAAAAUUCACCGAUCACUGUGAAGGAGGAAACCAGUGAAAGCUCCAGAGAUUCAGCCCCGAGUAGAGGAAUGAAGUGGUCAUUCCCAAACAAAGCCUGUGCUACCUCUUCUCCUCAGUUUCUAGCUUUCAGGCCAUCCCAAGAAAACAGACAUAGAAACCUUGGAAACUAUCAUCUGCCACACUCUGGUUCCUUCAUGCCAUCAUCCGUAGCUGAUGUUUAUGAUUCCUCCAACCGGAGCACUCCUUACAGUUCUGUCCAGGGAGUUAGGAUGUUCCCUAGUUCAAAACAACAUGAAGAAGCUAUCUCAGUUUCAAUGUCUAGGCCGGGUCUCCAGUCUCAUUAUGCACCAGGAGGAACAAGCUUCAUCAACAAUAGCGUAAACUCGCAACCUUUGGUAGGAGUUCCUAUCAUGGCACCUCCAGUAUCAGUCCUUCCUCCUCCAGGUUCCAUUGUUGGGACAACUGAUAUUAGAUGUUCUUCCAAGCCAUCAGGAUCAUCACCUGCUCAGUUGACCAUCUUUUAUGCCGGUUCAGUUUGUGUUUAUAAUGACAUAUCUCCUGAAAAGGCCAAGGCAAUAAUGUUACUUGCUGGAAACGGUUCCCCUAUGCCACAAGCCUUUUCACCACCACAAACUCAUCAACAAGUGGUCCACCAUGCUCGUGCCUCCGUUGAUUCGUCAGCUAUGCCUCCUAGCUUCAUGCCUACAGUCUCUUAUCUUAGCCCUGAAGCUGGAAGUAGCUCAAAUGGGUUCGGAGCAGCUAAAGCAGCAAGAGGCUUUACAACAACAUACCACAACAACCAAACUAACGCAUCCAAUAUCAAUUCUUCAGUGGUAGCUUCUUGUUCUGCCAAUGUACCUCAAACAGCAGUGGCUUUACCUCAGGCUAGGAAAGCAUCUAUAGCUAGAUUCUUAGAGAAACGCAAAGAAAGGGUCACAAGCCUAUCGCCAUAUUGCUUAGACAAGAAGUCAUCAACAGAUUGUCGCACACCAAUGUCUGAAUGCAUAAGUUCUUCUCUCAGCUCUGCAACCUAAUCUCAUUUGCAGUGAUACUCUGCUUUGCUUCCGACCAAUCCAGACCCAUAUUUUGGGGGUUUUUAGGUUAUUGUAUUUUUUGUUACAUAAUUUUCCUUUUUCUCCUUUCCUCUGGUUACGCUGAGUUUAUUCUUAGCUUAUACAUGUGUAACUUUUUUUUCUUCUAUCGCUACAUACACUGAGUUUCUUCAAUAGUUGUAUUACUUCGAUCAUCUUAUUUUGGCCGAAUGUAACAAUUACUUGGAAAAUUUGUAGAAAACGUUGGUUUCUUUA